AUGCGACUGAGGUUGUGGUUUCUAUUCCGGGUCUUGCUAGUAUUAGCUAUUAUAAGCUUUCUGUAUUUAUAUCUUAAACAUUCUGACGACCUCCCAGUCGAACAUGGUGAUGAGCCCUUGGUAGACUAUCACAAUUACAAUCUCAUGGGUGAGGAAAGGCAUCGCUCUGGUCCUGGCGAACAGGGUGCACCUGUUUACCUCUCUGGAGAAGAAAAGGAAUUAUCACAACGUGUAUUUACAGAAAAUGGCUUUUGUCGUGUUGUUAGUGAUAAGAUCGCCCUUGACCGGGCCAUACCCGAUCUCCGCCAUGAACAAUGCAGUUCCAAACGCUAUAGCAGAUACCUUCCAUCUGUAUCCGUUGUUAUACCGGUUUUUCAGGAGCACUGGACCACACUGUUGCGAACUGUUGUUACCGUGACUAAACGCUCUCCCCCUGGUGUUAUAAAAGAGAUCAUCCUUGUUGACGAUGGCAGUGUUAAGGACUUUCUCAAGGAUCGCCUUGACACGUACGCCAAAACAGAGUGGCCUCCGGGCUAUCUGAAAGUGAUCCACCACGAAAAGAGAGUUGGCCUCAUUGCUGCCCGUCUCACAGGUGCCAGAGCAGCCACUGGCGAUGUUCUACUCUUCCUCGAUUCGCACGUAGAAGCUGGGACCAACUGGCUCCCACCUCUGCUUGACCCUAUCGUCAAUGACUAUCGAACGGUCGUAUGCCCAUUUAUUGAUGUCAUCGAUCACGACACCUUUGAGUACCGCGCUCAAGACGAGGGUUGCCGUGGAGCGUUUGAUUGGAACCUAAAUUACAAGCGAGUUCCCCGACUGCCGGAGGACAAAAAUAAUCCCGCAGAACCCUUCGACAGUCCCAUAAUGGCGGGUGGUCUUUUUGCCAUCAGCGCGAAGUGGUUUUGGGAGCUGGGUGGCUAUGAUCCGGGACUGGCAAUUUGGGGCUGCGAACAGUACGAGAUAUCCUUCAAGAUUUGGAUGUGUGGUGGAAGAAUGGUGGAUGCACCAUGUUCUCGAAUCGGACAUAUUUAUCGAGGCAAAGCAAACUUCCCCAGUGCUAAUGCUGGCGACUUUUUGAGUAGGAAUUACAGACGCCUCAUGGACGUGUGGAUGGAUCAGUACAGUGAGUACGUCUACCAGCGACGGCCCCAUCUGAGAAACGUCGAUCCUGGUAAUCUCUCCGAGCAGCUUAGGCUGAAGAAGAAGCUGCACUGCAAAUCGUUCGACUGGUUCAUGAAGAACGUUGCCUUUGAUUUGACCAAGUACUACCCACCAGUGAUUCCAAUACCCGGUGCCACGGGGAAGAUCUACAUGGCUACGGACAAGAGCUACUGCAUCGCUCCCUCGUCACCUGAUGUAAUGACGCUGGUUAAAUGCACUGGAACUUUUGCCGCUUUUGAGCAUACCUGGCAUGAAGAUGUGAUGAUUAAGGGAACGGACGACUGCUGGGAUGUGCCGAACACGGUGCGGGGUGCGCCGAUAAAGCGGUUCGCCUGCCAUGGACAUAAGGGCAAUCAGCAUUUUAGACUGCAGUGGGUAAGUGGUAUAGACACCAACCCGGUGAUGCUGAGACACGUGCCCUCGAACAACUGUGUAGAGGCGGAGGUCGCGAAGAUGCGUGUCUACCUCGCGCCCUGCAACGACACUGUAUCCGCGCAACACUGGGUCUGGGAGACGGUCCAGUGGAAACGCGCCAAGAAACACGAAAAGGAGCUCCACCUGGAGCACUAG